CUAGAACGAAUAAAGAUGCAUCAUGAAGCUGCAUUGCGAGAGGCCUCAUGUCUGUCCUAUCUGCCUUUCAGAGAGCCUUGUUACCGUAUGAAGCCUAUAUAACUACCAAGAGUUGCUCGAUAUCAGAAUCAAGCACAAACAACUAUUCAAGCAUCGCUCUAUUCAAGCAUCGCUCUCUUCAGCUGUUGAAAAAGAACCCAUAUUCAUUCGCUUUUAGGGUUGCCUUUUUCAAAAAUUAUUAUUAUUUAGAAAGAAAAAAAAAAGAGACCCCAUGUCCAUCCGAUCGCUUGCACAGCUCCAACGACGGCAGCUCGGCCGCUUAUCUCCCUUCUCAAUCUUUCGCUUCUUCAGGGCUCAACAGAACCAACCACAACCAAUCAAGCCCGUUCAGAUACCAUCCGCGACAAAUGCCUCUCUCGUCCACAGCACUCGCAACCCCAAAAAGUGCACGUGCGGAUGGUAUCACUUUUACGGCAAAUGCGGUCACCUGUACCAGCGAUACGCAGGUACCUGCGGCAGAACGACGACAACCUCUGGCAGAAGCGGUUUCUGCACGACGCCCGCGCCGAAGAAUGUUGUCUACGGAUAUUACGUUAAUGAGAAGUGUACGAAUGCAAAAUGUACGGUUUGCCGCCGACGAGGCCAUUAGGUUGGGGUUUGAAUAGAAUGGCAUCGACGGGGAGAUGGGUUCAAUGUCACUUCCGCAGGCAUAAGGCUGGGCAUAGCAUUCUUUACGUGUAUUUUAUAUACCAUAGCUUAGUAGAUAUAAACUACUGAUUCUGUUUCUGUUCUCUAUAGCUAUUAUAUAUUUCAUUUCAUUUCCAUCCGA